AAGUUAAUAUCACGUGACGACCCAACGACACAGAGGACUCGCGCAGGGGCUUGUUGGUCUUCAGUGACGUUUAUUAAACAAGUUGCCUUUCUUACUCUCAGAUGAUGUUUGUUUGUUGGUGAAAUUUUCAACCGUUUAACACGCAUACACCAAGAGAGUAGAAGAGUGAAUUUGCUCUGCAAGAUGGGAGCUUUGGUUUCUCGCUGGAGGGCCAAGCCAACCACUGUGGAGGUAUUGGAGGGGCUUGAUAAGGAUAUCCAAACUCUUGAGGAGCACAGAGAAAAGAAUCGGAAACGGCUGAAGUUAUGGGUCUACCGAUUACUUUUAUAUUCAACCCUUCUGUACCUGUUGGCCUGUGUGGUUGUUUAUAUAUGGUACAUCCCUGAACAGCUAAUGGGGAAAUUCAUAUUGGCGUCACCUUUUUUAAUAUUUCCACUGCUCGUAUGGCUUCUGAGAAAACUGUUAAUUGUGUUAUUUUCAAGACGGACAGAAAGAAAUGCUGAAAAAUUAGAAGAAUUGAAAGCUGCAAAAAAGAAAAUACUUGAGCAGGUGAUGGAGACCGAAACCUACAAAAAUGCCAAAUUGAUACUAGAGCGGUUUGAUCCAGAUUCUAAGAAAAAGAUCGAGCUAGAUGCUAUACCCGUUGGACCUCCUGUAACUCCUCGGCAAGGUCAAGAGCUUCGUCAGAGGCAUGUGACUCCUCGCCCUCCUGUUCCUGUGACUCCAAACCUAGCAGUAGCAUCACGUCCUCCUCCUGGCCCAACUGCCCCUCCUGCCCUGAUCUCAGCCCCCGGUGGGCCUCCAGAGAAGAACCUGUCUGCUUCUGCCCAGCACCAGAACCUGCUGAGGAGAAAUGCUACCCCUACAGGCUCCCCAGUUGCUGGUGUGGGAAUGCAUCCUCCUGGCCCACCCCUGGCACGGCCUGUUUUUCCUCGAGAUAGAGGCGCUUUGGAUAAACUUAUUGAGUUCCUAGUAGGUGAUGGGCCUCAGAAUAGAUAUGCCCUAAUAUGCCAGCAGUGUCUCUCUCAUAAUGGCAUGGCAUUAAAGGAGGAGUUUGAAUACAUUGCAUUCAGAUGUGCUUACUGCUACUUCCUGAAUCCUGCUCGGAAGACACGCCCCCAGGCUCCACAUCUCCCUGAAUUAAGUGAAGGAAAGACAAGCCUUGGACCAUCUGCUGUUUCCUUGGAUACAGACCAAGGUGCACCCAUUUCUUCCCCAGAGGAUAAAUCUGAGUCCUGUGGACCUGAAGAGGAAAAGUUAAGUGAGCAUCAGAUGGAAAACCAAACUGAAAAACCAGUACCUUUAGAACCAGCCACCACUCUCUCGGAUCUUGCUGACAAAUCGGACAAUGAACAAGACGUAUCUGCUAUGGAGGUGGAAUAAAGAAUAUUUACGAACUUAAGUCCCUCUGGAAAGGUGUGAUUUUGUAGCGCAUGUUUAAUAUAUUUGGGAGUGCUUACGAAGUUUGUACCUUUUUUGAUUUAGACUAGUUUAAAUAUACUUUUUUUUUUUUUUUUAACUUAAUCUGGAGGAGAUGAGGUUGAAAGACUAAAUGCCAAUAAUUAAGUGCUAAAAACCUGUUUGUUUUACGUGGAAGUACCCUUAAGUCCACAACAUUUUGACUGUUUACAUGUCGUGUGUGUGUGUAUAAUGCACUUCCAUCUGUUAUGAAUUCACAGAGCAGUUCCUCUCCUUAAUGAGUAACUCAAUAGUAGUCCUUUAUUUCAGAAGGGAAAUUUAUGAGUACUGUUUAUGAAUGUAUUUAGCUUUUUUUUUUCAGCAUGUACAAUAAUGAAAAUGUCUGCUGUUUUCUAAAAAUCUAUGGUAUUUAUAGAUGUUUACACCUUUUACAAUGCCUUUUUUGAAGGUAUUCAGUAGGUUUAGUUUUCUACCUACCUGCAGUGAGAUGGGUUUCAUGUUUACAUAGAUUAAGCUAGCCAUUAGAUUUCACAGCUAUUUAUUUAUAUAAUCUGAAAGUACAGCAGUAUUAUAUUUGAAGGUACCUUUCUAUUUAAAGAUUUCUGUAAAGAAUAAAUAGGAAUUAUUUAUGACAUGAACUUUUGC